CUGUACACUGCGCCGAAUACUAGUUAAUCAAAAUGGUUGUUAAGUUCAUUACACUUCUUUGUCUCAUAUCGGUAGCUCGGGGGGGUAUUAUACCAGCCCCAGCUCUCCUCUCAGCUCCCCAAGUCCUACUCAGAGCCUCAGACGCCUCCUACGAUCCAAACCCCCAAUACUCUUUCGCUUACGACGUUCAGGACGCUUUGACAGGUGACAGCAAGAGUCAGAUCGAAAGCCGAAACGGCGACAUCGUCCAAGGCCAGUACAGCGUUGCCGAUCCUGACGGCACCAGAAGAAUCGUGGACUAUGUGGCAGAUCCAGUCAAUGGGUUCAAUGCUGUGGUCAGGAAAGCACCGCUGGCUUUGGCGGCUCCUGUUAUAGGUAGAGCCGUACCAGCUCCGUCUUUUGUAGCGCCGGGACCUGGAUUUGUAGCGCCUGGUGCUCCUUUCAAUUACGCUGUAGUAUAGUUUGUUUUUUAAUUCGUGUUUCAAAGGAGUAUUGUUGGUACUUAAGAUAAUACUUUACUACAUGAUCUGUGAUACGUGUUGGUGCUAAUGGCAGAGGUUGGACACAACAGAGAUUUGAAGAGCAAGUGAAUCAGUAAUGUACAAAGACGAGUUCGAAUAACAAUUCAAUGACAUUAUAUCGUUCAUAUUUUAAUUAAUUCAUAAUUAUAUACCGGGUGCGUCUCAAAAGUGGCUCACCCCUAUAACUUUUUUAUUUUUUUAGAUAAAAAAAACGAGAA